AUGGCUAAUAGAGACGAAGAAAUAUUAACACAGUCACAAUGUCUGGUGGAAAAGCCAGAGAAAGCAGUCACAUAUGAAGAGUCCUCCUUAGUUGACACUGCUAAUGGACAGCCUAAUGAAGAUAAAGCCCGAGAGGCUCUCGGAUACAAAGAAGAAGGAAAUGCUGGAUUCGCCCUCUCAGUAUUUAAUCUUAUGAACGCUAUUCUAGGUUCUGGAAUUCUAGGAUUAAGUUACGCAAUGGCACAGCUCGGUUAUAUUGGAUUUUUCUUGAUCUGUCUGGCAGUAGCGAUCCUUGCCUAUUUUGCGAUCCAUUUACUACUGAGUCUGUGUGCAAAGACAGGAGUGAAAUCGUACGAGCGAUUAGGCUACAGAGCAUUCGGAACUCCAGGAAAACUAGUGACAGCAACAUGCAUUCUAAUGCAGAACAUCGGCGCCAUGUCCAGCUACAUGUUCAUCAUCAAAAAUCAGCUCCCCUCAGUUCUUCACACGAUCAUCUGCGCCACUUCUGAAGAAUGUCCAGAUCUUUACGGAGAAAAUGUUCCAUGGUAUUUGAACGGAAACAUCAUUGUCAUUGUCGUUGUUGCUUGCAUUGUCGCUCCUCUUGCCAGUCUUAAGUCUAUUGAAUUUCUUGGAUACACCAGUGGAUUUUCAAUCUCCUGCAUGGUCUUCUUCACCAUCAUCAUCGUCAGCAAAUACUUCAUUGGCGUAGAAGACUGCCCGCUGUUUAAUGACAGCAUCGCCGACGGAACCUGGGACGCGACGCAAGAAGUUACCUCUGAAAGUUUACUCAACGCUAAUGCAACAAAACUUGGAACAGCUCCAAUUUGGGAUGCUGAAAACUCGAAAAUCUCCGACGAAUGCGCCUCCACGUACAAAAUGCCUGAUCCUUACUGUAACUUGGAAGCCCAGGAGUGCGAAGCCUCUGCUUUCAUGAUGAAUGAAAAGACUGUCUAUGCGAUGCCUACCAUGACUUUCUCCUUUGUCUGCCACACCGCUAUCCUCCCCAUCUUCGCCGAACUUAGAAGCGGAAGCCACGGAGAAAUGCGAAAUGUCGCCAAAACAUCUCUUGCCAGCUGCUUUUUGCUCUACUUCGUCGCUUCCCUCUUUGGCUACUUCACAUUCUACAACUACGUCCAGUCCGACUUGCUCCUUACCUACAACCAUUCCGAUCCCACGAAUCCCUUGACUCUUGUUGUCCGCGUCUGCGUCCUCAUCGGAGUCAUUCUAACUCUUCCACUCACUCAUUUCCCGGCCCGAAAAGCUGUGAACUUUCUAUUCUUCCCCCAGCACCCGUUCGCCUGGAGCCGUCAUUUGGGAAUUAUGUGCUGUCUGUUGACUCUGUGUGUUACUUUGGUUAUCAAUGUGCCUGAUAUUCGUGAAAUCUUCGGCUUUGUCGGCGCAUCCGCUUCCGGAUCCCUCAUCUUCAUCCUCCCCUCGCUCUUCUACAUCAAAAUCCAGCGCGACGAAAAGCUCCCCUUCUUCGAAAGCCUCAAGGAAUCCCGCCUGCUCAUGGGCUCCUUCUGCUUCCUGAUCUUCGGAUGCAUCUUCAGCUUGAUGACGCUUGGAAUCAUGACUGCUGCUAAACUCGGCUGA